UACAUUGGAUUGUUGCUGUUUCCAUGUUUUUUUUUUCUGUUUAAAUCCAAAUUUAUUUUUAAGAAUCCGAGAUUUCCUUCUUUAUCUCCUUGCUUCACUCGAAUUUUGUAAUUUACUCUUUCUGCGAUUUUUCUUUCUCCGUUUAGUUUGAAACUUUUUUUCUUUUCAGAUCUGACUUCAAUGCACACGCAUUCUUAGCAACUCAUUUUUCUUUUCUUCUUUGAUCUGGAUGUCACUUUCUGAUUGUAACUGCAUAUUCCAUUAUCGUCUCCUGUAAUUUGAUUUUUUUAUAACUUUUUUCGAAAUCAAAUUUCUGUGAUUUUUUGUGGAUUACUUUUUUACUUCUCCAAUGAUGUGCUAGGAAGAGCGGUUGUUGAUAACCAGCAUUAAUAUUUUAGAAUUUUUUUUAGCAUUUUUACAUUUAGUAGUUGCAUAAUGUUCUCCUAACUUAAUUGCAUGAUUGUGAUGGGAAGAAUCUUCACCGUUUUCACUUUAGUCAUUCUAGCGAAAAAUUGUUGACUAAAUUCUGACUUGAGAGUUAACUAAAGUUCUAUCUCUAAUUGUUAAUUUUCCUUUCUGGUUCAAGUUCCUUUUUUUUCCAUCUGAAAUCUUGGAAAUGGAGGAUGCACUGCAUGCUAACGCGCCUUUGGAUUAUGCUUCAAUUCGGAUUUUUCCGAAUCAAAAUAGGUAUGAGGCAUUUGUAUUUAAGGGGAAACAAUCCGAGCAAGUGUUGGCCGGACAUUUGGAACACCUGUUGCCGCAUAUACCUGCAAUAAACAAAUUAUAUGCCAAGGGAUCUAACGCGAACUUUGAUCUUGAGUUGCCAGAAAAUAUGCAUGGUGCUGAAUGGUUUUCAAAAGCUACUGUUACAAGGUUCCUGCAUAUUAUUAGUUCACCAGAUUUGAUAAUUGACAUUAAUACUAUCAUGGAUGAGAUGUCACAGUUGGAGGAGUCGAAAAAAUUCCAUGUUUCAUUAUAUGGAAAGCCUGAAGAAAAAAGCUUGUCAUCUGAUGCUUCAAAGAACGAAUUAUUACGAGCAAUGGACCUAAGGCUUACAGCAUUGAGAAGCAAGUUGGUUGAAACAAUUGACAAGGCUACUGGUGAUACCUGCUCCCGUGAAGCUAUGACUCAUUUAGCAAAAUUUUCUCAACAUUUUGGUGCUGUUAAAAUUGAGAAUUCUUUGUGCAAGUUUAUAGAACUAAAUCAAACGAGCCAGGAUACUGGUCCCUUGAACAAUGAAACACCCUCGACUACAUGUAAGGGGACAAGCAGUGCUGCAAGCAACCCUGUUAAAGUUCGGCAGAUUUCCAGGUCAUCUAACUCUGAUGCCCCUGUUGUCUACGGUGUUUCACCAGCUAAAGCUGCUCAAAUUGAGAGGCAGAGUUCAACAGAAAGUGAGGAGUCUUCUAACUCAAGUGAUGAGGAUCAAAUAUCUGCUGAGAGAAGUCGUUCUCUUGUAAGAUCUGCAACACCCAGAAGGUCGGCAUCCCCAAUGCGAAGGGUACAAAUAGGAAGAGCAGGACCUCGCAGAGCUGCUGCAUUAACUAUAAAGAGUCUCAAUUUUUUUCCUGGCAAAGGGGGGCCAAUUUCUUAUAGAGAUGCUGCUGAAAAUGGCUCUGAAGGGGAAGUAUCUGAGCAACCCUAUAAGAAAUCAGAAAUUGAUGUUAGGAGGAUAACGGUGCAAGAUGCCAUCAGUCUUUUUGAAGGUAAACAGCGGGAUCAAACUGCAGAUAUUCAAAAGAGGAAGUCAUUAGCAGAUGUUUCUAUCAGUACAAAUAAAUCUGUCUUGAGAAGAUGGAGUGCAGGUAUGGGAGAGACCUCUGUUCAAGACCAGCCAGAAGUUGCAACUGAAGAUCCUCUUCCAGUGACUUCCAAUGAUGUGGUAGAUGUCGAUAACCAUAAGAAUUCGGAAGAAGUGGUGUCUGAUUUUACUUCUGAAAGUCACGAUAACGAUGAGAUAAAUGCUGGUGACAUAAAACAGGAAAGACAGGAAAAUAGCUCCUAUGCUAUAGAUAAUGCAAAAGAAAUUGAGUCAAAAGAGGAAACUGCCAGAAAGUUGGCAGCCUCAGAAGAAUGGAAUAAAAGAAAGCAAGAAGAGUUCAACCAGAUUCUUAAGAAAAUGGUUGAAAGCAAGCCUGUUAUGUUUGGAAAGUCCCAGCCCAGCAGAAACCAGAAUAUUCCUUUUGAACAGAGGGGAGGGUCUUAUGAUAAUUAUAAGGAGAAAAGGGAUGCAAAACUCCGAGGAGAGAAUACUGGAAAGCGGGUAGAAAAAGAAGCACAGUUUCGAGAAAUGCAGCAACUACUUGAUAAGAGGAAAGAAAUGUUAUCCAAAAAUCUGAGUGCAAGUAAAAAAAGUGCUACAAGGUUGCCCCAAAAAUCACUAAGAAAUCCAACUCAACCUGCAAAUUCUCCAAAAGAGACCUCUAAACCUAUAGCUACAAAGAAGACAUCUAAAACGUCACCAGUGCCUGCUAUUCGAAAAUCAUGGUCAGCAAUGCCUUCACCAAGGGCUGCAGGGACAUCUCCUGUUAAAUCACGCAGUGGAAUUUCAUCUGCUAGCACCACCCCAACACGUCGGAAACCAAUCUCGACAUCUUCUGUGCCUCAACCAAUCCCCCAAAGGGAGAAGUCCCAGCAUCGAAACAGAAAUGAGAAAGAACCUCAGACUGGCAGUGCCAGAAGUGUCAAAAGCAAUGAGAAAUGGCAGACAGCUGUUGCAAAUAAGAGCAAGGCAACCAAAGCAAAAGUAACGAAAGCUUCUGAAGAAACCACUGUUCCUUCAAAGAUUAGCUUGGCUAGCAAGGGAACCAAGAAAAGCAGUGUGGUGCCAUUGGAAUCGAAACCAUUUCUACGUAAGGGUUCUCGGAUGGGAAAUGGUACAGGGACUGGUGCUGGUAAUCUUAACAAGAGAAAAACUCCUCCUAAGCUGGACAAAUCUCUCACUGAAAAUGGUAUUCAACAUCAAGAAACGGAAUUGGUUCUCAAUGCUUCUGAUCUGAACAGUCAACAUUCAGACAGGGACACUGCAACACCCACUCAUCAGAAUGCUGCUACAGAACCAGAAACUCAGGUAAAUAACCACUUGCAAUGUGGUGAAAUAGGAAAUUUAGACCAAGAUCCUACUGAAGUUGGUGAUGUCUCAACAGAUGUAAUAGAGUCUCCCAUAGAAAUAAGGAAUGAAGAGUCAACCAUAUCACCCUCUGCCUGGGUGGAGGAGACCGAAGAGGAUCUGGAACUGUCCAGGCCAUGCGAGGACAACACAUUUCAACCCACAUCUCUGGCUGGUAUCCCUCCAGCAGGAUCCGCUAGUCCCCGUGUUCGCCAUUCUCUGUCGCAAAUGCUUCAAGAAGAAAACAGUGAACCUGACACUUGUGAAUGGGGAAAUGCUGAGAAUCCUCCGGCCAUUAUAUCCCAAAAAGAUGCACCCAAAGGUUUCAAAAGGCUCCUGAAAUUUGCUCGGAAGAGCAAAGGUGGUGGUGAUACAGGUUCUACUGGUUGGUCUAGUCCAUCCGUAUUCUCCGAAGGAGAGGACGAUGCUGAGGAUUUUAAAAACUCCAAUAAAAGAAAUGCCGACAAUCUACUGAGAAAGGCUGCCCUUAAUAUGAAGAGUUAUGGGCAACCAAAAAGUUCAAUGCAUGAAGGAUAUGAAAGAAAUUUAGCAAGUAGAGAUGAUGGCAAGGGUUCUAACAAGGUGCAUGAUGGUGUCAGUUCUACAAGAGCGACAAGGUCAUUCUUUUCUCUUUCAGCUUUUAGGGGAAGCAAACCCUCCGAGUCAUAGUUUGGUUGAUGGCUAUGGAAAGUAAGAUCAUUGAGUUUGCUUUGCCAUAAUACAAGGGAAGUUUCAUGUUGUAAAUUCAUUGAACUGCGUCGAGGUAUUUUAUAACAUUACCCUGCAGUUAGCACUCAAAUACUCCACGUCCCCGUCCUUAGCAGAUUUUCUAUACUUGAUUUAAUUGUUGUGAUGGUUGUACCAAGCGUUCAUUUCAUAAUAUGUUACUAUAACUUAUAUGAAUAUUGAUCAUGUAGAUAACUAAAAUAUUGGUACCAAAUUUUUUGUUUAAUUGUUUUUCAUAGUUAUUGCCUUAUUGGUGAAACUUGUUAUGGAGAGGUUACUUCUUUCUUUUGGUAUGGAGUAUAUAUCUACGGUUACUGUCA